CUCCAUCACUCGCUCUUCCGGUGUCGAAUGGGCUAUCGGGCAUUUGUUGGUACUCCUGAUGGUAGAUGAGCACUACGUGAGUAUGAUACGGCAGGUUCUCUUGGCGGGCUUCUAGACCGCCCGAUGUAAACUCCACCGCGUGCUUUUGCACACCAGCCCGCCAACGCCUUAACCCCGAGACAAAGGAAAUCGUCAUUACGCCCGUAGAUAAUGCAGGUAUAAGAACAAGAAUGCCAACCGUUUACUAUACAACCAAUUCAAUUACAGCAAAUACCUCAAGCUUCUUUGCCGCCUCUAAAGACCUGCAAUCCAACCGUUGCUUACUUGAAGUUCCAGAAUGGCAGACUACGACGCUCCCGAAUUCAAACGCUAUGCCGCUGCUCACGAGAACCCCAGGGGCGCUGGCGACGACCGUCCAACUGCUUUGCAGAUCAUCAAAGACAAUGACCUUGAAGGCAAGCUUGUAGGGAAAAUUGUCCUGAUCACGGGUUGCUCUUCAGGCAUUGGUAUCGAGACCGCCCGCGCCAUGAAAGUAACAGGCGCCCGUGUCUUCGCGACGGCGCGCGAUAUCAACAAGGGCAAGAAGGCUUUGGCCGACAUCCUUGAGCCGGGAAAGCUCGACCUCGAACUCUUGGACCUUAAUUCUCUCGCGUCUGUCCGCUCGUUCGCCAAAGACUUUCUUUCAAAGACAAACAACCAGCUCAACAUCUUGAUCAACAAUGCCGGCAUCAUGGCCAUUCCAGAGGAGAAGACCCAAGAUGGUUUCGAGAAGCAGUUCGGGACAAACCACCUCGCGCAUUUCCUUCUGUUCCAGCUCCUCAAGCCCGCACUACUCGCUUCCUCCACGCCAGAAUUACAUUCUCGUGUCGUUUCGGUGUCUUCCCUGGGCCAUCGCUACAACAAUAUUGACUUAGAUAACGUCAUGCUCGAGAACGGCGCAUACGAGCCCAACCGUGCAUAUGCACACUCCAAGAUUGGUAACAUCUACCUCGCCAACGAGAUUGAGCGCCGAUAUGGGUCCAAGGGCCUUCAUGCGAACAGCUUGCAUCCAGGUGGCAUCUGGACCGGCCUGCAAGACCACCUGGACACCUCGCAGUGGAAGGCAAAUCCCGAGGUCAACGACUACAUGAAGAACGAGGCGCAAGGCGCGGCGACGAGCGUGUGGUCUGCGGUGGACAAGUGCUGGGAGGGUAAAGGCGGCAAGUAUCUGGACAAUUGUCAGAUUGCGCCGCCUGUGCCCGAGAACGCAGGGUUGUUCACAACGGGAUACGCAGCGUGGGCUUUUGAUGAAGGAGCGGCGAAGAGGUUGUGGAGUAUGAGCAACAAGUUUGUUGGGUUUCCGGACGAUUGAAAAAAUGGUUUGAGAGCCAGGCCUC